AUGUCAUCCCAACCACGCGUCCUCCUCCUCGGAGGUCACGGCAAAGUUUCUCAACUUCUCACCCCUUUGAUCCUUUCUCGAAAUUGGCAUCUCACAAGUGUAAUCCGCGAUCGAGCGCAAGAACCUACCAUCACUGCUCUGGCUCCCUCUUCACACGUACAAAACCUCGACGUCCUUGUCUUCAGCGUUGAAGAUUCCCACGCAGAAGCCAAGUCCAUCAUUGCUUCCACCAAACCAGAUUAUGUCGUAUGGAGUGCGGGUGCAGGAGGUAAAGGUGGGCCCGAACGGACGAAAGCUGUGGACCAGGUCGCGGCCAUAGCGUUUAUUAAGGCCGCUGCAGAGGAGGGGAGUGGAGUGAGUAAAUUCUUGCUGGUCAGCUAUGUGGGCUCGAGAGCGAAGAAGGCGCCUUGGUGGAGCGAGGAGGAGUGGAAGGCAUCCCAGGAUGGGAAUAAUGGGGCACUGAGAAACUAUUAUCCUGCAAAGUUAGCAGCAGAUAGGGUCUUGACCGCUGCAGGGCGGAAGAGAGGGAACGGAUUUGCGGCGAUUUGUUUGAGGCCGGGGAGUCUUGGGGAUGAAGAGGAGGAGGGGCUAGUAAGCCUAGGGAAGACGAAUGCGAGAGGGAAGAUUAGCAGGAGUGACGUCGCUAGGGUCGCUGCUGAGCUGUUGGACAGAGUGGGAAGGAGUUGUUGGUUGGAUCUAUUAGAGGGUGAGGAGAAAAUCAAGGAUGCUGUUGAGAGGUGCGUUCGGGAGGGUGUUGAUACCGUCGAGGGAGAAGACGUGGAAGGGUAG